UUUUUCUUUUAAUUUCAGAUUUCAGCUGUUACUUAUGGCUUCCCCUACAAUUGCUUCCCUUUCUUGGGGACAAAUGAAAGUGCAAGGCUCUGCCUUAACCUAUAAGGAUUGCAAAGUAUGGCCAGGAGGCAGUAGGGCUUGGGAUUGGAGAGAAACAGGAACUGAGCAUUCCCCUGGGGUGCAGCCUGCAGAUGUAAAGGAAGUCGCUGAGAAGGGUGUGCAGACUCUGGUGAUUGGCAGAGGAAUGAAUGAGGCCUUGAAGGUUCCUCCAUCCACUGUGGAGUACCUCCAGAAACAAGGUAUCAAUGUGCGGGUCCUCCAGACAGAGCAGGCAGUGAAGGAGUAUAAUGCCUUGGUUGCCCGAGGGCUAAGAGUAGGAGGCAUCUUCCAUUCCACCUGCUGAUGGAGCCCACAGAGGAGAAUAAAUAACUAAGCAAC